AAUUGAAUUAUUAAAGAAUUUGUUAAAUUCCACCGCUGGAUUUAGCAAAACAAAAAUAAAUUCGGAGCGCAGAAAAAAAACACGACCGUUCGCUUUGAAGCUAGAAGGUUCCUUUAAGAGGAGACAUCGUCGGACAAUCAUAAAUAAUAUCAAGAGACUUCGCUGGAAUAUCGAUAGAAAUUGUUUAUUAGGAUAUUGCCCCGUCGACUCAGCUAUUAAAUGUGAUCAAGAAUAUAUAUACUUUAUAUGGUCGGAAACGCUUCCUUCUGCCUGUUACAUACUCUUCAACGAAUCUAGUAUACCCUUUUACUCUACGUGUAACGGGUAUAAAUAGAAAAGGUAGACUUAAAUUUAAUAUAACCUGGCUACUGCAUAAUUUUAUAAAGCCUGUUGUAUAAAUAAUUUCGUUACCCCUGCCACUAUCGAUACUUUGACUCUGCUCGUGAAACACUCAGUCGGUGAAUGUUGAUAUUUGAUUGAUGUUUUACCCCUGCGUUCGCUGAUGGAACUGUUAAAAUUGAAUUUUGGCACUUGGGUAACUCGGGCUUUCGCUUUAGGAAUCUUUGUGAUUCGAUUUCACAGCGUUUGCAUGGGAGAAAUCACAGAUUAACGGAAUAAUAUUUAUGUAAUCAAUUUUUUGAAAACGAAAUAUCUUGAAACUCUAAAUAAAUGAUAAAAUGUUACGCUGUUUUGUGCGGUGGCGCUUUCCAUUUAAGAGUCCUGUGAACAUAAACUCCAUCGUGAGUCAACAGACGCAUGCAUAAUUAAGUGUACCAUCCUGUAUCCUUUUUCUUUGUUUGAUGUUUUCAUGUUCAACAAAGUUUGCAGCACAUCUGCAGCAUGCCCCAAACAAUUCUACCUCCUGCAACUUGCCAAUUCAUUGCCGUUUUCCAAAAGCUCUGCUGUUCCAUUAUCCACCCGACGUAUACGAAAUAUUUCGCUGUAAAUUAUUACGAAAAUGGAGCUUUGUUUGCUUGCAUCAUCACAACAGCAGCUUUAUAAGCUCGCUAAAUGGGGGACGAGCUGAAUUCGUUUUUUAUUAUGAUGUUGUCAUGUUAAGGUCAUUGCUCCGUUUGAUGUGCCAGGUCACCUUGUAGUUCGCCACAUGUGGGUAGCAUGCCAAUAUAAGCAAAAUGUAUCAACAAAGAAAUAUAUUUAUAUUUCUCCUUCGCACUUCCACUAGCUGAGUAACGGCUAUCAGAUAGUCGUGGAACUCGACUAUAGCAUACUCUCUUGUUUUUUUUCUCAAAUUUGAUCGAUAAUUAAACAAAAAUUUGAAAUUUCUCGUUGGAAGGGAAGAAUGUUUUUUGGCAUUCGUUAGACAUUUAAAAUACUAAUAAAAAAUUAAAAAACUUAAAAAUUAAAAUACUCUCUUGUUUUUUUUCUCAAAUUUGAUCGAUAAUUAAAAAAAAAUUUGAAAUUUCUCGUUGGAAGGGAAGAAUGUUUUUUGGCAUUCGUUAGACAUUUAAAAUACUAAUAAAAAAUUAAAAAAUGUAACAAAAAAAUUUUUUUAGGUAUAGGAGUAUCAACUUUCUAGCAUUUAUAGUUUUCCACUCAUAGAAAACAUUUAAAGAAUUUUAGAAACUCGACCUAAAAAAGGGCGGUUUUCUAUUUUAAGGAAAAGUUUGAAAUAAAUUCAGGGUUUUCCAAUUACCCUCAAGUGAAAAAGGACCCUAGAAUUAAGAAAGGCUCUCCCUAUAUUUAGGACAAAUCAUAAUACAAUCAAGAAAAUUUUUCUUAACUCAAGAAAAUUCACCCUAAUAGUAAGCAAAUUUAAGCUAAAUUUUUAGGCUUAAUUUUUUUAAAAUUAAAGGUAUGUUGGUAAUGACUUCUUUUUUAGGGCGUUUUUCUAAAUGUACAGGCGAAAAGUUUUAUUUUUAGGGCGAUAUCGACGUUCAUACAUGGCCAAGAUCAAGAGUAUAUAUUUUAUAUGGUCGGAAACGAUUCAUUCUUCCUGUUACAUACUAUUCAACAAAUCUAGUAACCUUUUUAGUCUAGGAGUGACGGGUAUAAAUAUAAAAGGUAGACUUAAAUUUAAUAUAACCGGGCUACUGCAUAAUUUUAUAAAGCCUGUUAUAUAAAUAAUUUUUUUUCCACACUCACAUACUUCAACCUAAUGUUGUCAAUCCCAUUGGUAGUCAGAACAGAUGUGAUGGUUAUGCAGCUUUCAGCUUUCUUUGCUAUGCUUUGAAAGGCAAAUGCUUUGUGGGACAGCAGAAGAAAAGGACUUGGAUGCAUGGCAUUCAGAGUGCUUGAAUCCACACUUUGGCCUUGAUAAGAUGCAGUGCCAGCUUACGGUCUGAAUAAGUGAAUCACUGCAUGAAUGAGUGACUGAAUGAAUCGACUGAUUGAGAUAAAUGGCAGUCGUCCCAGAUUGGCAAUGCAUCGAUGCCGAGAUGAUGGCAAUGCAUCAUUUAACGAUUAGAGUUGUCUCACUGGAAUUUCAGAUUUCAGAUGCCGCAUUAAUCUUUAAUACCUUGUUUUCAAGCUAUAUCUGGAGGUUUGGAGAAGUAUAUGCAAGGAUUCUAGUCAAAUUAAACAAAAGAGAACGCUGUGAUCUUAACUCUCUAGCUUGUAUAGUUUCUGAGAUCGAGGCGUGCAGAUCUGGCCAGAUCGCCUAAGCAAUCAUCGAUCCUGAAAAAGAAAUAUAUGUAAUGUAACGGGUAUAAAUAUAUGAUAGUUUUCAUAUACCAGUAACAGGACCAGAAUUUAUAACCUAGUUUUUAAAAGCUAACACACUUUUAAAUUAGGACUCGUUAUACCUUGGGCGUACAAAACGCACCAACUCAGCAUUCUGAUAUCAAGCUGCUUAAUAGAAAAAAACAGUAUUUUACAAAUCAUGCUUAAUUUCAACAUUCCAGCUUUUAUAGUUCCUGAGAUAAAGGCGUUUAUAUGAACAGAACGUAUUAUUCUGUUGCAGAAAGCUGCAGUUGUACAUUUACAAAUACGAAAAGCAAGCUAAUUAGUUUUUUAAGGAGGGUCGCAUUUGCUGUAUAUGCACAUGUUUACUCUUAAGUAAUGGGUAAUCGACAAUAGCCUUUAUUUCCUUUAUUUCGCCGUUCAUAAAAAGGCUGUCGGUUCAAAGAGGUUGCCACUUAGGCACCGCUAAAAUAUUCAACAAAGCACUGUACACACGUGACCCAAAAGAGAAGUCUUAAUUUUCACAAAGAGAGCUCCAAGGGCAAAGAAAUUAAAUCGUUUUAUAAGCAGUCAAAUCACAUUAUAUGUAAGGGGUUUUUAAAAGGUAUAGAAAUUUAAAUUGCAAUAAAAUAACGAUGGGGUAUUCGAUGGUUUAUUUUUUUUAAAGAUAAUCUUGUGGCAUAUUGCCGUAAUCGGCAACAAACGGCAAACGCUGUCUUCCAAAUGGCGUGUAUGGCUAAUAGAAAAAGUUUUCCUGGUAUUUUGCCCGUCAUUAAAAGGAUUUGUUCUUUGGCGCGGAAAAUAUAGAAAACAACAAUUACACGAAACAAAUUCAUCAGGCAUUUGUCAUUUAAAUCGCAUUUAAUUGACCCCUACACUUCCAACACGUUCCGUCAUAGUUCCUUUUCAAGUAAAGCCGGGUGUCUUUCAUAACUUCAUCUUUCAUACAUAUGUAAGCACUCAGUAAAAGGCUUCCCUGAACGGGUUUUGUUGCAUUCUUUCAAAGGCUUCUAAAUGUUUUCCGAAACAUGUAUUCCAGAAUAUUUAUAUUACAAUACUUUUGUAAACGGUUUUAACGAUUAUCUCUGAAUAAUUUCCCGAAUUAAUUAUUAGAAAGUAUAUUUACACAUUUCGCUCCCUUGUUCGGUUUACUGCAGCGCAAUUAAAUAAGAUACGUUUGUUGUGGCCAGUGCUGCAACCCACCACGGCCCGCAUCCACCACUGCACCACUCCCUGGCGCGAUGUCACAGGUUUACUUGCUGCCGGUGGCCACGUUUCUGAUCUUCCAGGUCACCUUCCUCGGCACGUACAUCUUCGCCGUGCUGGAGGGGCAUGUGGUGCCCACGGUUCCCUACAUCAGCGAUGCGGCCACCUACUCGCCGGAGAGCUGUGUGUUCGGCCAGCUUAUCAACAUAGGCAGCGUUCUGCUGGGAAUCACCAUCUACGUGCGCUAUCGCCAGGUGCUGCAGCUGUAUGAACACCACCCGGAACUGGACGCCUCGGUGCUGCGCCAGAACCGAAUGGCGCUGUGGUUCGGACUGGUGUCCUGCCUGGGCAUCAGCUUCGUGGGGAACUUUCAAGAGACGAACGUGCGGAUUGUCCACUUCAUUGGUGCCUUCUGCUGCUUUGGCUGCGGCACCUUGUACUUUUGGAUGCAGGCGCUCAUCUCGUAUCUGAUCUUCCCCAUGUCGGGCACCCGCAUUUACGCCCACUUGUGGCUGGGCAUGUCCGUGUUCUGCACGAUCCUCUUCAUCCUGCUGGCGGUCACCGGCGUGAUGUCGUACAUCCUGUUCAAGGGACAGAAUCCGCGGAAGUGGUAUCCCUCGAACGGCGGCUGGUACUUCCACGUGGUCACCUCCAUUUCGGAGUGGAUCAUCGCCACCAUCUUCAGCUUCUUCAUCCUCUCCUUCACGAAUGAGUUCCGCGACGUAUCGCUAUCGCAUCCCCAGAUUGCCCUGAUGUCCUAUUCGACCACCAUUUAGAGUUUACCUUCGAGGAUUAGAUAGGAGUAGAGAUCGUCUGGAGUAGCCAGCGGUUCCUGCAGCUUCAACAUUUUAAGUACAAUCCAAGGUGGCAAGAGCACGGGUCUCGAGGACGUCGUGCUAGUCCGGGUGAUGUGCAUUUGCGGCCUCUCGUCUGCUUUCCCUCUCUUCCGGUGCUCUUUCUCUGUCGGAUUGCUGUGAUAUGUGCAAAGUGUUUCCCAAAGAUGGGGAUCGGGUAGUUGCAAGUGGCGGAAAGCUGCUUGAUUGAGGAGUUACAUUUAUUUUUUACCCGCGUUCGUUUUACAUUACACAUUUGAAUUACUAAAUCGAACUAAUCGGUAGAAAUGAUCUGUAAAUCUGUAAAAUAAAAAGCAAUUAAAAAAAAAA